GAUUUGACGCGACCCCGCUGCUGUUCCCCGGUCUCCAGUGUGGAUUUACAUACCCUGAUUUCCGUGCGACUGGGAAGCGAAAGAGGAGGGCGGUGAGCCUUUCAGGAACUGAGGAAACAGCCCCCAAGCAGCGUAUUUUCACACAUUUCCAACUUUUUCGCCUGCUCGUCGGUCCUCUCUCUGCCCCUACACUCCGUCGGAGCGAGCGUUGGCGGUACUUUUUCUGCCUCUCAGCGGCUCUCACUGGAUAAUUUCUCUGGUGUGGAGGAGGGCUGGGAGGGUGUCGGAGAAGUCUGGAAGCAGCUCGAGUUGAACCCGGUUUGAAGGGCUGUGGCCAUGGCCGGGGGAGGCGGUGGUGGGAUUUCUCCGUUGGGGCCCGCACCGCCGAUGUGGUAUCACCGGGACCUGAGUCGAGCGGCGGCCGAGGAGCUGCUGGCCCGGGCCGGGAGGGACGGCAGCUUCCUGGUGCGGGACAGUGAGAGUGUCAACGGGGCUUACGCUUUGUGUGUGCUGUUUCAGAAGCAUGUCCACACAUACAGAAUCCUCCCAGAUGAUGAAGGAUUUCUGGCUGUUCAGACAUCCCAGGGCGUGCAGCCAAAGCGAUUCAAGACAUUGCCAGAGUUGGUGUCAUUGUACCUGCAGCCCAGCCAGGGUCUGGUCACCACUCUGCUUUACGCUGUUGACAGAGAGGAAACGGCCAUCAGUGAUGACAGAGACUAUUCAGAUGGGGAGGAUGAGAAGCCACCCCUCCCCCCUCGCUCUGCCUCCACCUCCACUCCUCCUGGACCAGACACACCCACAGAGAGUGCACCAGCAGCUAACGGCCUCAGCACCAUCUCCCACGAGUACCUGAAGGGCAGCUACGCUCUGGACCUUGAAGCGGUCAAACAGGGAGCGUGUGCCCUGCCUCACCUCAACAAGACUCUAGUGUCCUCCUGCAAACGCCUUAAUGGGGAGGUGGAUAAAGUUCUGUCUGGUCUGGAGAUCUUGUCUAAAGUCUUUGAUCAGCAGAGUGCUUUCAUGGUCUCUAAGAUGAUCCAGCAGUCAGUCAAUCAGGGUGGAGACCAGGAGCUGGAGAACCUUGUGACCAAGCUGGCAAUUCUCAAAGACCUGCUGUCCUCCAUAGAGAAGAAGGCUCUGAAAGCUCUCCAGGACAUGAGUUUAUCCUCUCCAUGCUCCCCUCCUCCUCUCUCCAUGCGUCAUAGUAAAGCCAUCCCUGUGCAGGCCUUUGAGGUAAAGCUUGAUGUUUACCUGACAGAGCUGACAAAGAUAGGAAAGAGUCAGAAGUACACUCUGUCUGUUGACGUGGAGGGAGGACGACUGGUAGUGAUGAAGAAGGUGAAGGACAGCCAAGAGGACUGGACGACCUUCACGCACGACAAAAUCCGUCAGCUGAUUAAGUCUCAGCGGGUGCAGAAUAAACUGGGCAUUGUUUUUGAGAAGGAGAAGGACAAAAGCCAGAGGAAGGACUUCAUAUUUGCUAGUGCCAAGAAGCGGGAGGCAUUUUGCCAGCUGCUGCAGCUGAUGAAGAACAAACAUUCCAACCAAGAUGAGCCAGACAUGAUCUCCAUCUUCAUAGGCACCUGGAAUAUGGGCUCAGUGCCUUCGCCGAAGUCUGUGGCCUCAUGGGUGUUGUGUCGCGGCCUCGGGAAGACCCUGGACGAGAUGACCGUCACCAUCCCUCAUGAUCUUUACGUGUUUGGAAGCCAAGAAAACUCUGUGUGUGAUCGGGAGUGGGUGGAGUCACUACGUGCCAUGCUGAAAGAACAGACUGAACUGGAUUAUAAACCGAUCGCAGUUCAGACUCUGUGGAACAUAAAAAUUGCCGUGUUGGUGAAACCAGAACAUGAGAAUCGGAUCAGCCACGUGGGGAUGUCCAGUGUGAAGACGGGCAUUGCCAACACACUGGGUAACAAAGGAGCUGUGGGUGUGUCCUUCAUGUUCAACGGGACAUCUUUCGGUUUUGUGAAUUGUCACUUGACAUCAGGGAACGAGAAGAUUGCCAGGAGGAACCAGAACUACCUAGACAUCCUACGCCUGCUGUCUCUAGGAGACAAGCAGCUGAGCUCCUUUGACAUCUCACUGCGCUUCACACACCUGUUCUGGCUAGGAGACCUCAACUACAGACUGGAUAUGGACAUACAGGAGAUUUUAAACUACAUCAACAGGAAGGAGUUUGAUCCUCUGCUGAAGGUGGACCAGCUCAACCUGGAGAGGGAGAAAAACAAAGUGUUUUUACGUUUCGCAGAGGAAGAGAUCUCUUUCCCACCUACCUACCGGUAUGAACGUGGCUCAAGGGAUACAUAUGUCUGGCAGAAGCAGAAGGCCACAGGGAUGAGGACUAAUGUUCCAUCCUGGUGUGACAGGAUCCUGUGGAAGUCGUACCCAGAAACACACAUUGUCUGCAACUCCUAUGGCUGUACAGAUGAUAUAGUGACCAGUGAUCAUUCCCCUGUGUUUGCUACCUUCGAGGUGGGGGUGACCUCCCAGUUUGUCUCCAAAAAAGGUCUACCAAAGUCUUCAGAGCAGGCCUACAUUGAGUUUGAGAGCAUCGAGGCUAUAGUGAAGACGGCAAGCAGAACCAAGUUCUUCAUCGAAUUCUACUCCACUUGUCUGGAAGAAUUUAAGAAGAGUUAUGAGAACGACAGUCAGAGCAGCGACAAUGUCAACUUCCUGCGUGUGGGCUGGUCCAACAAGCAGCUGACAACGCUCAAACCUCUUCUCUCUGAGAUCGAGUACCUGCAGGACCAGCACCUGCUGCUAACAGUGAAAUCCCUGGAUGGAUAUGAGUCCUAUGGAGAGUGUGUGUUGGCCCUGAAGUCUAUGAUCGGUAGCACCGCACAACAGUUCCACACCUACCUGUCCCACCGUGGCGAGGAGACAGGAAAUAUCAGGGGGUCCAUGAGGGUCAGGGUCCCCUCUGAAAGGAUGGGAACCAGGGAGAGACUCUACGAGUGGAUCAGUGUGGACAAGGACGACACAGGCGGACCCAAAGGGAAAUCCACUUUGGUGACCAGAGUGGGACAUGAAUAUGUCAAGCCGUCUGUUGUUCGUAAACAGCUUGGAGAGCUGGGAAAGCUCAGUGAGGAGGGAGAAAGGACCAGCAAGGAGGAAACUGCUGCAAGGCCCAAACAGGACGCACCAGACGGGGAUCCAUCCAUCAGCAAGAACAGCUACAAUAACCCCGCCUACUACAUCCUGGAGGGCGUUCCCAACCAGUCUGCAGCUGCUCUGUCACCUGAGCUUCUUCCAUCUCCUACCUCUGCAAACCCACAGGUAGCUAAAGCCCCUCUUCCCUCAGCUGGGGCUCGAACCAAACCCUCCUAUAUAAAUCAAGGGCACUCUCACCCACGCAGACCAAUGACUGGGCACCCUGUCCGUGCUAUUAGUGAGGAGGGCUCCUCAGAGGACGAUGCAGGUGUCUGUGUAACAGGAGCUCAGGGUGUUGGAGGAACAGUUGGAAGCACACUGAAUCGACCCCCUCCUGACUUCCCCCCUCCUCCUCUCCCCAAGGGAGCCCUGGAGAUGGUUGCAGAGGCCACCUUCCCCAAACCUCGCCCUCUUUACCCAGACUUAGCUGAGGUCAGGAUCCCGGCAGCCAGUCCUGCCGCCCCGCUGGCUCUCGGGGAGGGUUUUAGACGAGGAGGAGGACCAGGACCAGGACCAGGAUCAGGGGCGCUGGACGACCAAUCAUGUUCUGUGCUCCAGAUGGCAAAGACACUGAGCGAGAGUGAAUUUCCUGGACAGCCUCCACGCGCUCCUUCUGCACCGCCGCCUCUCCGAGGUCAGCCGAUGGGUAUAGGUCUGGACGCCUGUCGCACUUUCCCACCCAGAAAUCCCAUCACAGAGAGUAUCGCAGAGGACAUGCCUGAGGAGGCUCUUUGGGGCAGCAGUAGCUCAUCUUUGUCUGUUGGGGAGUCUUCAGUCGGGGAGUGGCUGCAGAGACUGGGACUGGAGAGGUAUGAGCAGGGUCUUCUACACAACGGCUGGGACGACCUGGAAUUCCUCAGUGACAUCACAGAGGAGGACCUGGAGGAAGCGGGGGUGCUCGACCCAGCCCACAAGCGAAUCCUGCUGGAGAGCCUCAGGCAGCAGCAGCAACAGCAGCAGCAGCCGCCACAAAAAUAAACUGUGUUGAACUGGUCUAUGACUGGUCCAAACUGACCUGGUACCCAGGUCCCAAGAGGCCAAAUCUCAGCCGAACUGUACUGAACUGAACUGAACUGAGCUGGAAACGUGCCAAUUAAUGCCAGACUGUGCCUUCAGAGAGAAAUUGCACUCCAUUUGUACUUUUCAAAAAAAAAACACUUGUUGAACUACCAUCCUUUUCACGUGUACUGUAUGUGUGUUGUCGUUGAGGUGGCCUUAUUUAAUGAGAAUCAUUUCAGUCUUUAGUGCGUCACUACAAACCCCUCUGCUUUAGUGAGAAGAUGCGGGACGAGAUCGUUUUCCCGGUCAGACAGAAUCGGAGAUAUGACACGUGUAUGGAGUCAGCUGUCGAGUGUGUUGUGCCGUCAGCUCUGACCUGCAGCUUCAAGCUAGUGUUGAAGCUUGUUUUCCUUUCUUUGUCCUGAGAAAACCUUAACUGAGGAGAACCAGAGUUGAGACCCCUCAGAAAUGGGAAAUUGCAAUUGAUGAGAGCAAAAUGAGAAGAAGGUUGUUUGUGGGAAACUAGAGCCUUGAAAACACACUGCCUGUGUUUUUGUUUUUUUUGUUUUUUUUUACAUCACUGUGUUCUUCUCUGAGUCUCAGGUUUUUCCCCACUAAUGGUCUCAUUUGGGAAAGCAUGUGGGAACUGUUAGAGAGUGUACAAGGGUGAUGUCAGGCAGAGUAUCCCACUCACCUCGGUGAUGCAGGCUGAGAGGAAGUAGUGAGAUUAGAGAAGCUAAGUAAGCUCAACAUUUCUCCAUUUUUAAAAAUUUUUUUUUUUUUUACUUUUGUGAUGAUGUUUGAGCCACUGUUUUAUUGCCACAGUGUCUCAGCAUGUAUUUAUAGUUUGUUUUUUUUUUUUAUGAUAAAGGGAAUAUAGAGCAAACCAACCAAACCAGUCGUGCUAGAGCUAAAAUGCAUGUUCCCCCUUGCUACAACAUCUGACUGAGAGCCCCUGGUGUGUGACUCAACUGUGACUGACUCACCUUUGUUUUUUCUGACACUUCCUGACACAUGCAGAAUCUUGGUGCAGUCACUAUUUGGUUAACAGAUCAAGAAAAUGAAGUAGAUAAAGCAAUAAAACAGGAGGCGAUAAACACUGCACCAAAGUGAAAUAUCAUUAUCAAGUUUUCACCCUGUACUUUUCAAUUUAAGAUCUUAUUUUAACAGCGUGUAACACAGGUUUGAUGGGUCACACCUGUUAACUCAUUUCAUUUUUAAUUUGUGUACGCAGGGCAGAGUUCAGGGAAUUAGCUAACAUAGCUAAACAGAUUAGCUUAUGGUUGUUCUGCUGAAGAUUUACCAUCUUCACUGUCAUUGUCUUGCAGAAACUAUUUGUUCCUGUUACAUGGUAUAGAAAUGUGUCUUGUUCUGUUGAUUUUAUCAGGCAGACUUGGCACUCCAUAACAGCUAAUAGAAACAGAAAAGUCAGGUCCAUGCAGGGCUCAGGAAGGUGUGAGGGCUGUUGUUCUCUGAUUUGACCAGCAGGCGGUGCUGCUACUCCUUAAAGAGUCGUCAGUAGAGGCUGACUGUGGAAACUUUUGGGGGAAAAUAUGACACAACUAAGUCAUGUUCAGUGAAACAUUAUAGUUCUACUCAGUGGUUUGUUUAUAUGUUUUUAAGCUAAGCCUUAACUUACCCAUUAGUGUUACAGUCUGCCUGUGUUUGUUCUUAAUUUAAAUCCUGCCUUCUUUUCUGCCCUUUGAGACUGAAAGCCAGUUUACGGUUGUUGUUAAGAGAUGCUGACGUGGAUCCGUCUCGACACACCUGACACUCUUUUUCUUUAAUGCCAAACUGUUUCUCAGAUUAAGCACACGAUUUGCUUUUUGCUACUAAAAUAUGAUGUUGAAAAUAAUUUGCAAUGUCAGCACCUCAUCAUGAGAAGGCCUCAAAAGUAGAGAUGAAUGUGCUGUUGCAUAACUGGGACUGAAUAUGUUGAAAUCUUUAAAGACGUGAUUGUAGCAGCUUCAUUUGUCAUGUCUGAUUUGUCAGCUCUUCUUCUCCCGAUCGUCUCUGUGACGCAGCUCCAGCCCGUGUAUUUUUUUUCUCCUACGAUGUGUCUAACCUUUUAACAGCCGAACAGUGUAGGUCUGCCAUUCAGAUGCCUUUUUGGCCUUUCAGUGUAUUUGUUUUUUUGGUGACGUGAGUUUGUGUUUGUGUGUGUGUGUGUGUGUGUGUGUGUGUGUGUGUGUGUGUGUUUGUUUUUGUGUGCAUGGGUGAAAAAGAGACUCUGCCAUUAUUUGUUUUCUCUGACACUCCACUGUAUCCUGUUCCUUCAUGUAGUCUCCAGUUUAGAUUAUGUUAAAUUAAUGUAAGACAUUCACCCUUGUCAUUUUUUUCCAUUAAAAUCUAAUAUCUUUUCCUGAUUUUA